AUGGCUGGAAGAAAGCCCGCUGUUCCACCUUCUCAGAUUAUAGAUGCUGUGUUAUUGUUUAAAGAUAAUGUGAUUAAUCAUGAAAAUGGAACACUUGCUGUGGCCACAAAUAAGAUUUGGAGUGAGAUCAGUGAACAUUUAAAUUAUAAAUUAUCUUCUAAUGCAAUUCAUACAUUUGUACAACUAAAAAGGCACGGGAUUUGGGAAAAACUAGGUUUUUCCACGAAAAAGACUUUACCAAUAUUCCCAGAUAAAAUAAUAGGAGUUAAAAAUGAUCUUGAAAGUGAUGAAUUUACUGAGUUGAGUAAUGAUGAUGAUUGUAUCCCCCAAAAAAAAUUUGUUUUUACUUUAUCAGCUGAAGAGUGGCAACAAAUCCAACCUCAAGAAAUUAGUUAUAAAUUGUCUGAUAAAAAUAACCCUAUUCGGAGUUCACGUUCAUAUGUAGUUUUACCAAAAGGUACUUGGACUCCAGUGCUUGCAGAGCAUUUUUGGAUACACACAGAAUUACCUUGUUGUAUAUCCUUCAAAAGAGCAAAAGUUUUUCCUAAUGGACAAGUAUAUGUUAAAGUCGUAGGACGUUGCUCAGUUUGUGAAUCAUACUUUGAAGGAUUUGUAUCUCAAAGACCAGAAGAAAAUGCCAAGGUUCUUAUGUAUUGUACAUAUAAAGGACAUUUUCAUGAACAGCACAAAGCUAAAAAGAGACGAAUAAUUGGCCCAGCCAAAGAUAGAGCAGUUUCAUCUCUUUCUGAAAACGGAAUGUCAAGUGAAACAUAUAGGGAAUUAGAAGCUAAUCGUGUUAUGAAAAUAGGUGCUGAAGAACCUGCAAUAUUACCAUCAGGUAAUGCGUUGAGAAUCCUCAAAUAUCGUAGCCUUGAAGCACGGAAAAGACACAAAGAUACUUUAACAGCCUUAUCAAUUAUGAGAGAUGAGGAUGAUUUUAAGAAUGUCAUUCAUGCUACAGGCUCUGUAGUUAAAAACUUUUACAAGUUUGGAGUAGAAAAAACUAAACAUAUUUUUUUAUAUGAAGCUCUUGCUUAUGACAAGGUGAACCAACGUGGGUUUACUGUAACUAAUAUGUUAAGUGAAAAACAUAAUAAUUCGACCAUUUUUAUAUGGUUGUCUGAAUGGUUAAACUGUCAUGUUCAACCACCUAAAGAAACAGUGUGUGAUAUGUCAUUAGCGCUACUGUCAGCCAUAAGUCAUUGUUUCACUCAGUACUCAUCAUUGAAUGAUUAUAUUAACGUUUGUGCUGAUUUUGUUUUAAAUGAAUUACCACUCCGAGAAUCUCAUUGGCUACCAAGGUGUUUUAUCAGAGUAGACGUAGCACAUUUCAUCAAGUUAAUAACUAAAUGGGUGCCACUGAAAUCAGUAUCCAAACGUGUCAGGGAAGUCAUUCUUCGAGUAAUUGGACUUAUGGUUAAAUGUCAAAAUAUUUCGGAUAUAAAAAAAAUUUUGAUUUCUCUAUUUGUUGUAAUUACAAAUGAAACUGAUGGUUCUGACAUAAACACUGGAUUAGCUACACCGUGUGAAUUACAUAAAAGAGAAUUGAUCAACUUUACAUCGACAGGUACUAUAAAUGAAGACGAAGAAAUAAUGUUCAAUGAUGACCAGGAAUCCAUAUUGGAAGAAGAUGACAAUCCGGAGGAGGGUCUACUAGGAUACAACCCAUUCCAAACCUGGGCUGAGAACAUUUAUGAAAACAGCACGCAUUAUAUAAAAGAAGGAACAGGGAUUAAUGCCAUGUAUUUACCGGCAUUGGUUCCAUAUAUAACAAAAUGUAUGAAACUAUUACCUCUAUGGUCAGGUAUCAUGGUUCCAAUAUAUGGAUAUGGUGAUGAAACUGCUAGUUCUGCCGCAGUUGAGUCGAGUUUCAAAAAACUUAAAACUGUGACAUUCAAACAAGAAAAUUUACCGAUUACAAUUGAAGACUUUUUACCACGUCAUAUUUAUUCACUACGAGGAGCAUCCCUAAUUCACUCAACUAAAACUUCAAAGCCACCAAACAACAAUGACGAAAUUAAUAGACAAUCAAAAAUAACUUCUCAAUCAGACAACAAAAGACUUAUUGAAACUCAUCAAAAUGUUGAAGAAGUUGAACACACAAACAUGGUUUUUGAACAGGAAAAUGAUUUUUUGAUAAUUCCUGAACAAUCAAAUUGUCCACUUUGCUCCGAAGGUAGCGAUACAGGAGCACAUAAAUGUUUUUACUGUGGAAUACCAGUUCAUCCUAUUUCCGCAUGCUCAACUUAUGUACCUGGUAAUGAUGACAUGCGAGUUUGUAUUAUUUGUUCAUUGGUAGAAACUAAUGUAAAUGAGGAGAAUAAUGCACGUGAAACUUGGUGUAGGAUGAAUAAGAAACAACGUAAAACUAAAUCAUACCUCCAACCUAAUCCACAUUUAAGACAUUUGAACUUAAAUAACUCCAAACAGAUCAAAUCGCUACCGAUUCUAAAAAAUGGUUCACGUUCAGAAGAACUUAAAAGCUGUAAAUCUAAAGUUACAAAAGGAAAAAUCGUACUGACGAACACGUGUGCAUUUGAUUCAUUGGCUUCUCUAGUUAUGGUAUCGUAUUGUGAUAGCAAACCAUAUGCCGAAAAAAUUGAUUCUGUUGGACAAAGUCAAUUUCUAAAUUUUAUUUCAAAAAUUAUCAAAAAUGGUAUUACAUCUUCAACAUAUACAGAACGAGCUGAUAUUAUAAUAACAAAGUUGAAUCCAGAAUUAAAAUUGAUGGAAUAUAACACUACGUUGGCUAUUUGUGACUCUACUAUGGGUAAUGUUAUACGUUCAAUGUUGACAGAAUUUCCAACAAUAAAAGAGGCUAUACGAUGUACAUCAAACUGUCAAACAAAACUUAAUACACUAGUGUAUUUAACAUAUCAAACGGAAAAUGGUCAUAUACAGAAUUUGCAACAAUUUAUUGAUAAUCGCCAACACAUUAAAAAAUCAAAAUGUACACAAGACGUGUCUGGAAACUAUUGUGAUGGGGUGAAAGAAAUAAUAUCUGAAUUCUCAGAUAUGCAUUUGUUUAUUGAUGUUCUUCAUUGGGAAGGAGAAAAUGUGAUUUCUAAAGACCGCAGCUCUGAAGCAGCAGCUCAGGUGAAAGAAAAGUUAUGUGAUAUUCCACAAAUUUUACAGCAUAACUCAAAAACAUAUGAGCUUAGAGGAGUACUUAGCUUCAAAGCCGGCAAAACUAAAUUGAGAAAUUCAAUUGGGCAUUAUUGUGCCUUCGCAAAACGAGGGACAAGCAACUGGGAACAAUUCGAUGACAUGAAAAAAAAACCAAUUCCUAUCAAAGAUACAAAAGUUGUAAAUUGCGAAUUUCUUGUAUACUCAAUAUAA